UACAACUGCCAACACUGUCGGAGAGUGAUGAAAAGCAAAACAAACCCAGAUUUGAAACCAUAACAAUGAGCAGCUCCAAUCUGUUUCCUAUAAAUUUUAAUAAUCUGACGGAUAAAGAGCGGCACAACUAUAUCCUCAACCACUACGUUCUCAACCGUCCGGGAGAGGCGGAGUCCCGGCGGCAUAAGCGGGACCAUGAUGUGAUACGCGAGAACCACCAAUUCCUGUGGGACGAGGAGGAGGUGGACAGUGAUUCUCUUACUUGGGAGCAGCGCCUAUCUCUACGCUACUACAAAAAGCUGUUCAAGGAAUACUGUAUUGCUGAUUUGUCUCGAUAUAAGGAGAACAAAAUAGCAUUGCGUUGGCGGACGGAACAGGAGGUUGUCACUGGGAUUGGACAGUUCCAGUGCGGUAGUCGCCGCUGCGAGGAACGAACCGAUUUGCGUAGCUGGGAGGUGAACUUUAAGUAUCUCGAAAAAGGUGUGCCCUUGAAUGCUCUGGUUAAGGUGCGCCUUUGUCCGACUCACACGGAGCAAUUAAACUACCGCACCAAGAAAAGAGAAAUCAAGAAGCAGCGGCGCCGGGCGAAGGAGGAACGCCGGGCUGAAAGAAAGAGAAAGCGGCGGAAGCUUGACACCGAGGAGGAAUCGGCCUCUGAGGCAGACGAAGAACCAGAACCAGAGAAAGAGGACUUGGUAUCCCCUGUGGAUUUAGUACCCGAAAAGGAAACGGCAACGGAUGCAACCGACCCAUCGUCGGACGAACAGAUCUGGCGUAAGCAACCCGAUCUCGGCAAGGACCAGCCCUCCCGGGAACAGGAGUUCGAGCGCUAUUUGGAGGAUUUGCUUUUUUAA